GACUAAGGAUUAUUAUCAUCAUCAUCAUUAAAAGAAUUGUAGAGUUGGAAGAGACGACAAAGAAAUAUUAGUAUCAUUCAGUGGUGAUGGCUCAAUGCUGUGGGAUGCUAGAACUUGUGGAAGAGAUUACAAAUUAUAAUUAUUACUAUUACUAUUAAUAGUAUAAAUUAAUGGUGAUGGCUCAAUGCUGUGGGAUGCUGGAACUUGUGUAAGAGAUUACAAAUUAUUAUUAUUACUAUUACUAUUAAUAGUAUAAAUUAAUGGUGAUGGCUCAAUACUAUGGGAUGCUGGAAGCUGUCGAGAAGGCUGGAGUCCUGGGGUCAGUUAAAGGGUCAGCUGACGGGACCCCUAUUCCUAUAUGACCCCUGUUAAACUUUUCCUUCUCAGUCCGAUGGCUUUGGAGGAGGCCUCCCUGCAAAACGGCAAGGAGAAGAAGGUCCAGAAGAAGGGCCAAAGUGAACAUCCGGUGGAGAAGGGACUCCAUGAGGUCGAGGUGGAGUCCCUGACAGCGUCCGGCCAUCGGGCCUUGAUGUCCAGCCACAACAGGAAGGCCUUGUCCUGCUUCAGGAAAGCUUUAGCCCUUUCUUUGGACAUGGAUGACCUCUCCGUCCGACAGACGUGCACAUUCAACCUCGGGGCGGCUUAUGUCCAGGCCGGGAAGCCAGGCAAAGGCCUCCCACUGCUCCUCGAGGCCCGGACAAUGACCAACGACCCUUCGGGGGACCUCUUCUUCAACAUCGGGGCCGCCCAACAAGGCUUAGGCCACUUCGGUCAAGCCUUGGAGGCCUUCCGUGAAGCCCAGGAUCACUACCGCCGCAUCCGAGCCCAGAGCGAGGCCGGAGCCGGGGUCAAGAUGGGCCAGUGCCUCGCGGCCAUGGGCGAUGAGACCCCAGCCGCCCGGUGCUUCCUGGAGGCCGCAAAGGCUGUGUCAGUGGCUGGAGGGCCAGAGGAGGAUGUGGCUGCAGCCCUCGGAGAAGCAGUCCGGCUUGUGUUGCGUGGCUCUUCCCACGAAGACAGCGACGUGGCGGCUGUGUUGCAUGAGGGGAGGCAGCUGUGUGAGGGAAUGCGGAACAAGGCUCUGCAGGGGAAGCUCCACCUGACGAUGGGCCUGGGCUUCUCCCAGCUGCGCAUCUUCUCCUUGGCGGCCGAGAGCUUUGAGAAGGCGCUCUCUUUCCUGCAAACGGAGGAAGAAGGCGCUAGCGAAGGGGCCCGGGCCUUGGAGGCGUCCGCCCUGCAGAACCUGGGGGCCGCGCACAAUGCUCUUCAGAGAUACCACUCCGCCCUGGGGCUCCACCGCAAGGCCGCUGCCCUUCACAGUGAGCUGGGGGAGCGUGGAGGUCAGGGCCAGUGCUUUGCCAACCUGGGCCAGGCCCUGUCCGCCUUGGGGGCCCACAAGGAAGCCGAGGAGUCCUACCUGCACGCCCUGCAGGCCUUCCGGGAUGCCGGUGACCUGCGUGGGCAGAGACGCUGCUGGGAGGGCCUGGGGGCCACGCACCUCCUCCUGGGGGACCCCCAACGGGCUGCCAACGCCUACCAACAGGCCCUGGCCCUGCUAUCCAAGACCCAGGAUGCUUCGGAGGCGGUGCAAGAGCGGAUUGUAGGCCAGUUGACGGAGGCCCUCCAAGCCAAGCUUUUAAUGGAUGCUUCCGGUCACAUCGUGCCCACUGACCCCCAACAUUGCUCCCCAAUGAUCCCCAGCUUGGCCCGCUUGGCCGCAUCACCAUCCUUGUCCUCGCUGCCGCAGCAGAACAAGAAGGGCUUCCCGCCAAUCGCAUACCAUGGAAGCCAAGGGUGCCCCUGGCUGGCCCAAUGGUCCCAGAAGGACAACGGGGUCCGGAGGACCCAUCAAUGCAGACACGCAUCAAGAGCCUCAGGGCCAAAUGGGAUCCUGAACGGAGAGGCUGUCCCGGCCAAUGAAGGGACCCUCGGACGGAGCCCCUGGAGGGACAGGCUGCCCCGAUGGCCCCUGCAAUGGAGGCCAGUUGCCCAGGAUAGUGGCCUGAAGCCCCAUUACUGCGGACACAGAGCUUCAGCUCAAGGGCCAAACGGGGUCCCCAACGGAGAGGCCAUUCUGGCCAAUGAAGGACGGAGCCCAAGGAAGGACAGGAGCUGGCGAGAGGGGCUGAGAUCUGUCGUCUGCGCCGUCAUGUGAUGCGGUCCACCAUCCGUCGGAUCUCUUGCCACAGAUCAUAGGUGAAGGAAGUUCGUGUGAAAAGCAGAUCUGCGAAUGUGACAAAGCUGCCGUUCUUUGCUUCAGAGACCUCAAAACUUAUGACGGAAAAUACCGCUUUUACUUGAACACUCAAUGCAAUGAAAAGCCGCCGUCCUGCUGAGAAGCCUUCCGAAAGAACACCGAUUCCUUCCAAAUAAUAAUAAUAUUAAUAAUUAUUAAAAUAACAAUAAACUUUUUCUCGUUUCUUUUA